GAUGGGCAAUGAAAUUAUUAUUUCUAUCAUUUUUCCAUUAAUAAUGAUGUUUCCAAUGUUACUUAUACCAAACUAUUGUUUAGAAGUGCCUGCAGCGUUGCACUCACCAGUUAAAUCUCCAGAAGCCAGAAAGAGAGGAUUCUCCUUUGAAUGAUGAGAAGAAAGGGAUCUAACCAAGUUUCUUGCUUGUUUUCCUCUUUGGUCACUGUUGCUGCUAAAUCAUCCAACCAAUCAAACCUAUCCAUAGAAGCCAAUUCUAGCAUCAACAAGAUUAUCAGAAUCAUUAACGACCAUCCAUUUCCUGAUCAACCACUUCAACCUACCCUUCUCCACUGCAUUCCUUCACCUGUUCUCUCCAACACCUUCGCGGAGAAUGUUCUUGGUCGCCUCUUUGCAGCCCACUCCAAUGGUCUCAAAGCGCUUGAAUUCUUCAAAUUUUACCUCAAUCAUUCCCAGUUCUGUCCAAGUUCAGAUGCUUUUGAAAAGACGCUUCACAUUCUUGCACGGAUGCGAUAUUUUGAUAAAGCUUGGGAACUGAUGGAAGAAAUCCAACAAAGACAUCCUUCCUUGCUCACCCCCAAGUCGAUGAGUAUUUUGCUGUCCAAAAUUGCAAAGUUCCAAUCCUUUGAAGAUACCCUGGAGGCAUUUCAAAAAAUGGAGAAUGAUGUUUUUGUUGGUAGCAAGUUUGGUACUGAUGAAUUCAAUGUACUGCUUCGAGCAUUCUGCACGCAGAGGCAGAUGAAGGAGGCACGCUCUGUGUUCCUAAAAAUGCAUUCUCGAUUUCCUCCCAACACCAAGACCAUGAAUAUCUUGCUCUUGGGGUUCAGGGAAUCGGGUGAUGUUACUGCAGUAGAACUAUUCUAUCAUGAAAUGGUCCUGAGAGGUUUUAAGCCAAAUAGUAUUACUUAUAAUAUCAGAAUUGAUGCUUACUGUAAGAAAGGUUGCUUUGGUGAUGGUUUGAGGCUUCUCGAAGAAAUGGAACAGGUGAAUUGCUUGCCUACCUUAGAAACAAUUACUACUCUGAUCCAUGGAGCAGGGGUUGUUCGAAACCCAAUCAAGGCACGGCAACUAUUUGAUGAAAUUCCUCUGAGGAACUUGCACCCGGAUACUGGUACCUAUAAUGCUUUGAUGAGCUCGCUCGUUAGAUCAAAAGAUGUGAAGUCUGCAGUUGCUUUGAUGGAUGAGAUGGAAGAGAAACAUAUUGCGCAUGACAGUAUGACCUAUCAAAUCAUGUUCUCAGGAUUGAUGAGAUCAAAUGGCAUUGAGGGUGUUUGUGAGCUAUACCACAAGAUGGUUGAAAGAAAUUUUGUGCCCCAAACACGAACAGUGGUGAUGUUAAUGAAAUUUUUCUGCGGGAAUCGUCAGCUUGAUUUGGGUUUGAAGUUUUGGAAUUACCUAGUGGAAAAAGGGUAUUGUCCUCAUGGCCAUGCGUUGGAUCUCUUGGUGACAGGACUGUGCUCCCUGGGGAGGGUGCAAGAAGCAUUUGAAUGCUCCAAACAAGUGUUGGAGAGAGGGAGGCAUAUUAGUGAGUCAGUGUCUCGGAUGUUGGGAAGAUUUUUGCUGCAGAGAGGUGAGAUGGACAAGUUGAGUACGCUCAACCAGAUGAUAAAGAAAUUACAAGAUAUUUUGCCGCCAUCAGUAGGGCAUGCUGCAGGAAUUGCUGCCUCAACAGAGAAAAACUAGUAUGGUUAAUUUUAUAGUAUACUCCUAAUGAUUCAUUAAACUUUGUUCUAAUUAUGUAUGAAGAGUUUUUUUUCUUGCUGCUUCUCUAUAAUUUGUGUUAUGAGAUACUGUACAGUGAACAUUAUCUUGCCACACCUCCUUUGAAGAAAUCAUUGGAUUUUAGCUA